GCGAACUUCUCUUCCCAAUGAGGUAGCAGCAGCAGUGGAGCUUGAAUUCGCUGUCGUUUAUUGCUGUGUAACUCAGGUUGUGUUACCUGCCAUCCAAAAAGCACGGAAAGAGAGCUUGCCUUUUCUUCUCCCGGAGCAUUCACGUCUUGUUGUCGGCAAUGGACUACAUUCCCAACACGGAUGGGCUGAUGCGGUCAACCCUGCGCGAGAGCAUUCGCCGACUGCAUCGCAUCCGCGCCAAGGCGGGCGCCAAGGAUGAGAAGGACUCCGAGGGCACCACUGGUGAUCCCUUCCAGGACUUGACCAACGCCUUCAUUCGCAUGGCAACUCGAACAAAGAAUAACAUCAACGAGCGCAACGAUGGGUGCCGCCAGCACGGUCAGGAUCGCAUGGCCAUUGAGCAGUCGAAUGAGAUCCGCAAAGAACUCCGCCACAUGGAGGAGACACUUGCGGAGCUGAAGAAACUCGUGGAGGAGUCGGAGCGGCUGCUGGCCAAGGAAAACAAACGGAAGAAGCCCAAGGCGAGCAAGUUGCAGCUGCUUGAGCGCAACUACGAUGGCAGACGGGCACAGUACAGUGAUUGUGAGGCGACGCUGCAGAACCUCAAGGCGAUGGACGCGCAGCGUGUCACGGGCGGCAAAAAUGACGUCAACGCGUACGAAGAGAUGCAACUAGGCAAAAAAGCGCAGCUUCGACAGCAGCUCAUGGGGGUGCGUCGCACGAAAGCCGCGAAUGACGGGAGUCCAGUGGGGCCGGAGGAUGUGGUGUUUGUCGACAGCGCCGUCGGCGGUGGCAGGCUGCAAGACAACGAGGAAACGAAAGAGCAGAUGAAAACGAUCGCCGCGCAGGACGCAAAGAUCAACGCCGGUCUUGACCGCCUCAAGGAGGGCGUGGGCCGUCUGCAUGAGGUGGCAGUUCAGAUCGGCGCGCAGCUUGAUAUGCAGAGUGAGAUGUUGGAGAAGACGGAGCAGACGAUCGACAAGCAAACGCAGCAGCUGCGGCGUAUCAACCGUCGGCUCAACAAGUUCAUGAAGGACACAAAACCAAUGAAUUGCUUUCUGUACAUGUGUUGCAUUUUCCUGGUUAUUGCCUUGGUUGGCUUCUUCCUCGUACAGUUUAAUGUUAUUUGA